AUGUUUUCCAGGACGGUUCGAUGCGCUACGCCGCGCAUAAACGCAUUUGGUCGAUCUCAAGCACAGCCGGCACCACACGGGUUUUCCAAGCUAGCUUCAAAGACGAUAUACAGCCCUCUCCAGCGACAGUUGGGAAGACGCUACCGCUCAUCGAUGAGUGCGCAAUUCAGAGAGCAGUAUAGAAAGAGUCCUGUACUGUUUCCCUUUGCGGUGGUUGUUCUUUCAGUUCUUUCUGGCAUGUGCUUGCUCUACCUUCCUUGGUACUACAAGAAUGUCAUCAUAAAGCCAUAUCACAACUUCCCCGAACCCGUUGCCAAGAAGUUGCGCAAAGCUCUCUUCUACAGUCGUGGAAAGUGGCUUGACAUCCGCGAGGCGAACAAGUACUUUCGCCAAGCCCUCCAAACGGCCGACGAACUGGGUAUGGACCCUUUCAGCGACGAGAUCAUGGGCGUCAAGUACACAAUCGCGGCGUUGUUCGAGGACGCAGGGUACUAUAGCCUGGCGACAGACGUCCUUGAGAUCAUGAGAGCAGAUACCCAGAAGUGGCUGGAUGAGUUUUCUCAUAAGCACUGGAACGAUGGGAACAGGAGCCGCGUCUUGAAGAACAUGGUGCAGAUCAAUCUCAAGCUUGGCCAGCUCUACGACAUCAAGUAUGUCAACGAGCCAGAGAACGGAGGCAAGAGGCUUGUAGAAGCUGUGGAAAAAGCUCUUGCAGAAUCGCAAAGGCGAGAGAGAGAAGGCCUGAAAAACGGCGAGGGCGAAUUUUUGACGAACGAGGAGUUGGGUGGUGCUCUGGAAGCACUUGGGUCACAUUAUGAGGAAUUUGGCCCUCGAUACCUCGCCACACCGCUUUUCGUCAAAGCUUUGGAGAUGUGCCCACCAAAGUCAUGCCACAGCAUCAUCUUGAUGAACAAUAUCUCAACGUGUCUUGUCCAACAAACCCCGCCACCGGACGAGUCCAACGCGAUUGCUCUCUCCUCUGCACCUACUGACUUCCCGGUUACCAAACCCCCACCGCGCGCCGUACUUAUCGACCAAGCUCGCCAAUGGGCCACAAAAGCUCUCGCACACGCUGCCGCGAUACCCUCGACAGAUAAGACUGAAGAAUGCGACUUCGGUUGCGCAGUCGCAACACAUAAUUUGGGAGAGUUUUACGAGAUGGAGGGCCGGAUAAAAGACGCAAAACAAAAGUACGAGGAGGCCGCGGGUCUGGCAAAGUCGAUGGGUUUCUCUGAGGGACAAACGAACGCGAGAGCGGGGUUGAAGAGGCUGAAAGAGAUGGAGAAGAGGCCUCAAGCGUAG